CUUCACGAGCGCCGGCAAGAAUCAUCACUAGGGACAACCAUCGGCGGCGGCGCGGCGGCGGCAGCGGCACGGAACAUGGAGGAGGAGGAGGGAGCCGGUUGGUCGAUGGCGGAUCUGGAGAGCCCGCACGCGAUGCCCCGGCUCAUCGCCUUCCUCUCCUCGCUGCUCCAGAAGGUGGCGGAGUCCAACGACAUGGGCCGCCGCAAGAUCCAGCAGCCGCAGAGGAUCUCGGUCUUCCACGGCCUGACGCGGCCGGCGAUCUCGGUCCGGAGCUACCUCGACCGGAUCUUCAAGUACGCCAACUGCAGCCCGUCGUGCUUCGUGGUCGCCUACGUCUACCUCGAGCGGUUCGCGCAGCAGCAGCCCGCGCUGCCCAUCAGCUCCCUCAACGUCCACCGCCUCCUCAUCACCAGCGUCAUGGUCGCUGCCAAGUUCUUGGACGACAUUUACUACAAUAACGCCUACUACGCAAAAGUCGGUGGGAUCAGCACGAUGGAGAUGAACUUCCUCGAGGUGGACUUCCUCUUCGGCCUGGGCUUCAACCUAAACGUGACGCCCAGCACAUUCCACACUUACUGCUCUUAUCUGCAGCGAGAGAUGAUGCAGCAAUGCCCUCCAAGCAUAAUGGAAGAUGAUGGCAGACCGCAGAAGCUCCACCUCAUCUGCUUCAACGAAGACGAAGCUUCCCAUCAGAAGCAAGAAUUAGCUGUCUAGUUUUUCUUGAUGUCUCUUCUUUUUCUCUUCUUUUUUUGGGUGUGUCAGCAAUUAACAUAUUAAUUAGACUUUGAGGUCGAGAAACGCUCUUUGUUUCUUUCCUUUUUUUUUUUUGUGGAGGUUUUCUUUGUGGGUUUUGGAUAUUACGAGGGCAAUUGGUUUUGUACAGAUUGAAGACUGCUUCUUCUUUACAGCUGGCUAAUGAAGUCUCUUCUUCCAUUUCUGGAGCGCA